AAAUGGCCGAGACUUGUAAAUUGUUGGGAAUAAGUGGAAUGAAACUUCUACACUGUAUCAAGGAAAAUACAAAUAAUGAAUUAUUCGUGAAGGAAGCCAUAGAUAAGCUAAACGAUGUAGCAUCACUUGCAGAUAGCAUCAAUGCUUCCCUUCUAGGAGAAAAUGCCGAGAACUUGGCAGACAUGUUGGAGAAUGAAAUGUUGGCAAUGGAUAAAGCAAUUGAAGAGGCUGCCAAUCGUAUACAGGAUAUGUUAACGAAUUCUCGAGCUGCAGAUUCUGGUAUAAAAUUAGAGGUAAACGAAAAAAUUUUGGAUUCCUGUACAUCACUUAUGCACGCUAUAAGAUUGUUAGUAAAAAAGUCGAGGUUUCUACAAGCAGAAAUUGUUGGUCAAGGCAGGGGUACAGCUAGUGCAAAAGACUUCUACAAAAGAAAUCAUCAAUGGACUGAUGGUUUCAUUUCAGCAGCCAAAGCUGUUGCGGUUGCAGCUAAAUUUUUACUAACGGCUGCUGAUAAAGUUGUUAUUUCCAAUGGAAAAUUGGAGCAGCUGAUUGUAGCUGCUCAAGAAAUAGCUGCUUCCACUGCUCAGUUGGUAGUAGCAAGUAGAGUAAAAGCAGAUAGGAAUAGUGAAAAUUUACAACAAUUAACACAAGCAUCGAGAGAAGUUACUACUGCUACUGGAACGGUUGUUGCCAUAGCGAAGGACUGCAGUCAACUCAUAGAUGAAGCAGAUUUGGAUCUGCUUACUAUUACGUUAUAUAGGGUUAAUAGUAAAUCUUUUGGCACCCUUGGAACAUAA